AUGGCGGAUGGUACUACAGAUAAAAACCGAAAGGAAAUCCAAGGCCUUGUUUGUCGGUAUUUAUCUAACGAAGGGAAAGUAGAGGAACAUUGUUUAAACGUAAAGGGAAUCGACGAUCGCUCUGCUAAAGGUAUUUUUAAUUUUAUUACAGAAACCUUAGCACAAUUUGAAAUUUCCGUUGACGGUCUUGUAUCACAGUCUUUUGAUGGUGCUAGUGUAAUGUCUGGGAACUAUAACGGAUUACAAAGGCUUCUUAGUGAUUUCUAUGAUCGAUACAUUUUAUAUGUUCACUGCUUUCUACACAAAAUCCAUCUUGUUGUGACAUACGUUAUGGAAAAUCUUGAUGAGAUAAAGGAAUAUUAUGGCACAAUAACGGCGCUGUACAAUUUUUUCAAAAAAUCCGCUGUCCUUGAAUCAUAUGAUAGCACUGCACUGAAACGACUCAUUGAAACGCGUUGGUCUGGUCAUUACGAUAGUACCAGUCACAUAAACAAGAAUUACGGGGAUCUGAUUCAAGCUCUUAUAGUGGCGUCAAAAAACAAGAAGUUAUCCGCGGAGGACAAAGCGCAGGCGAUCGGACUUCUUAAUCAAAUGGACGAUGACGAACACCAUUCAUUUAUUUUCACUAAUUGCAUGUUAAUGAAGGUGUUAAAACCAAUUGAUAUUAUGGUCAAACAACUGCAAUCCGUCAAUGAAAACUUCAUUUCAGCACUUGAAGUAGUUAAAAGUGUUAAAAAUGAUAUAAAAUCGAACGCCACACUGUCACGAACGAGAAGACUAAGAAGAUGGUUGAUGAAUUCUUGGAAGAUGUAAAAGUUUCAACAUCCAGUGGAGAACAACGUCGACCUAAGAGAAACACUGCGAUUCCAUCUCGUUUUGAUGAUUUUCUUGUUACUGAAAGUCUGCCAAGUGAGAACACCAAACGUCCAAACAUUCAAAUUUUCAUAGAAUGCUUGGAUUUACUGAAUGCUGAAUUCAGUCGGCGUUUUUCCACUGAAAACAUUGCACUGUGGGAAGCUAUGUCAGCAUUAUCACCAUCGUCUGAUGUGUAUCUUGAGUAUGACAUUCUCAAGCCUUUGUUUGAGUAUGCUACUACGAUUUCUGUGUUCAGAGACUUCUAUUUGAAAGAAAAACUUGCAACGAAAGAUCUGGAAGCUGAUUCGUGUGUUUAA